UCCUCUGAAAAAUACGGUAACGUUAUUUUGACAUCCAAUACGGUAUUACGGAAUGAUGAAAAAAAGAGAGUUAUCGCAACAUUCGAUAACUUUGGUAAUACGUAAAAAUGAUGACUGACUUAUGGCAUAUGUCAUGUCACAAUCAUAACAUAACCCCCAUUACUUUAUUUUAACCUGCACAUUUUAACUUCAUGCAAUAAAACAAAAGGUAAUAAUAAAUUUUGGUAGAUUUACACAACAUAAAAAUUUAUUAUGAAUAAUAUUCUGGAAGCUGUGAUUAUUGGUGGUGGCUACGACGACGAUAUUGAGGAUGCAAUUUUAUUUGAAAUUCUUAAUGAAGGAGAGAAUGCAGUGGGAAAUCGAGCAGAACGUUAUGGACGGUUUGAUUUAAACGAAUUAGUUCCUGCUGAAGUAAAAAAUAACUUCCGUUUCGACAAAGACAAUAUAAUUCGUUUAGCAAGAGCUCUUGGCCUACCUAAUGAAAUAGUUACCCAACAAAGGCAUCGUAUUUCUGGGCUACAUGGACUUUGUAUUUUGUUGCGAAGAUUAGCAUAUCCUAAUCGGCUAUGUGAUUUGGAGCCAUUGUUUGGAUUAUCUGCACAAUCAUUAUCGCAGAUUGCAAAUGAAGUAGCAGAUAUAAUAUACCAAAAUCAUGGUCAUUUAAUUGAAAAUUUACAGAAUUUACCCUGGUUGAAUCUAGACAAGUUAAGGUACUACUCACAUGCAGUAUUUGCCAAAGAUGCUCCCUUGAAUAACUGCUGGGGAUUUAUUGAUGGCACAACACGAGCCAUUUGCAGACCUACAGAAGAACAAGAAAAUUAUUAUUCUGGACACAAACGGUAUCAUUGUGUAAAAUAUCAAUCAUUGUUGAGCCCUGAUGGAUUGAUAUUAAGCCUGAAAGGUGCAUAUCCAGGUCGAAGACAUGAUGCAGGUAUUUUUCGGAUCUCCCAUUUGUACGAUGAAUUGGACAUUGGAGUUGCAAGAUUUCCAAAUGGAGAAAAUUUUGUUUUAUAUGGUGAUCUAGCAUAUGGUAUAAGAGAUCUAUUGAUAUGUCCUUACGGAAACCAGCACUUAACUCCACAACAACAGGAGUUUAAUAGAAGCAUGAGUGCAGUUAGACAAGCUGUAGAAUGGGGUUUCCAGAAAGUUACUACAGAAUUUGCUUUUUUAGAUUUCAAGAAAAAUCAGAAACUUCUUGUUCAAGACAUAGAACAACUUUAUAAAGUGGCUGUACUGUUAACAAAUUGCCAUACUUCCCUAUAUGGCAGUCAGACGAGUCAAUAUUUUAAUGUGGUACCUCCAAAUUUAGAAGAAUACUUGGGAGUUUAACAGCGUAACUUCCAAACAAGUAUAUAUGUAAAAUAUAAACAGUGAACACUAAA